AAAGAAGCUACUAGACCAAGAAACUGAGUUCCAGAAGAAGAAAGACCAAGACCAAGAGAAGAGGAUAACAGCCCUGAAAGAUGAGCUGACCAAACUCAAGUCUUUUGCUUUGAUGGUGGUAGAAGCACAACAAAGGCUGACAGAGCAGCUUAACCUUCAAAGACAGAAAAUCAGAGACCUAACCACAAGAGCCAAGGAAACACAUGCUAAACUAGCCAGAGCUGAAGCCAGAGUUCAGGAAGAGGAGGAGAAGGCAACCAGGCUAGAGAAAGAGCUGCAGAGACAGACCACAAAGACUCCUCAGAACCAAGAAGCAAUUAUGGCGAAGCUCACCAACGAGGAUGGCCAAAACCGCCAGCUGCGACAAAAGCUGGCAGCACUCAGUCGGCAAAUUGAUGAGUUAGAAGAAACCAACAGGUCUUUGCGCAAAGCAGAAGAAGAGCUGCAAGAUAUCAAGGAAAAGAUCAGCAAGGGGGAAUAUGGAAAUUCUAGUAUACUGGCUGAGGUAGAGGAGCUCCGAAAACGGGUCCUGGAAAUGGAAGGAAAGGAUGAAGAACUGAUCAAAAUGGAGGAGCAGUGCAGAGACCUCAAUAAGAGGCUGGAAAAGGAAACCCUGCAGAGUAAAGACUUGAAACUGGAGGUAGAAAAGCUCAAUAAAAGGAUAAUGGCUCUGGAAAAAUUAGAAGAUGCUUUCACCAAAAGCAAGCAAGAAUGUUACUCUCUGAAAAGCAAUCUAGAGACGGAAAGGAUGACAAGCAAGCAGUUAGCUCAAGAAUUGGAGAGUUUAAAAGUUCGGCUCAAAGAACUAGAAGCCACUGAAAGUAGACUGGGAAAGACGGAAUUUGCCCUAAAAGAGGAUUUGACUAAACUGAAAACGUUAACUGUGAUGCUGGUCGAAGAGCGGAAAACAGUGAAUGAAAAACUAACGCAAACUGAAGACAAGUUGCAAGCUGCUUCUUCUCAGCUUCAAGUCGAGCAAAAUAAAGUGACAGCGGUUACUGCAAAGUUAAUUGAGGAAACGAAAAGGGCAUUGAAGUCCAAAACUGAAGUGGAAGAGAAAAUGUACAGCGUCGCCAAGGAAAGAGAUGACCUAAAAAACAAACUGAAAGCGGAAGAAGAAAAAGGAAAUGACCUCCUAUCCAAAGUGAAUAUGUUAAGAAACAGGCUUCAAUCUUUGGAGGGAAGUGAGAAAGAUUUCCUAAAAAGUAAACUGAAUCAAGAUUCCGGUAAAGCUACGACAGCUUUACACCAAGAAAACAAUAAGAUUAAGGAGCUCUCUCAGGAAGUGGAAAAACUGAAACUGAAAUUAAAGGAUAUGAAAGCCAUUGAAGACGACCUGAUGAAGACAGAAGAUGAAUAUGAGAUUCUGGAACGCAGAUACGCUAACGAGCGUGACAAGGCUCAAUUUCUAUCCGAGGAGCUGGAAUAUGUUAAAAUGGAACUUGCCAGGUACAAGUUAGCAGAAAAGACAGAGUCCAGUCAAGAACAGUGGCUUUUCAAAAGGCUUCAAGAAGAGGAAGCAAAAUCAGGGCACCUUUCUAGAGAAGUGGACGCACUGAAAGAGAAACUCCAUGAGUACAUGGCCACUGAAGACCUGAUCUGUCACCUCCAAGGAGAUCACUCUGUUCUGCAAAAGAAACUGAACCAACAAGAAAACAGGAACAGAGAUUUAGGAAGGGAAAUCGAAAACCUCACAAAAGAGUUAGAGAGGUACCGCCAUUUCAGCAUGAGCCUGCGGCCUACUCUCAAUGGAAGAAGAACCUCUGACCCUCAAGUGUUGUCUAGAGAAGUUCAAACGGAAAGAGGGGACAAGGAGCCACCUGAUUACAAGAGUCUCCUGCCUCUGGAGCCAGCAGUCAUUAAUGGCCAGUCAUUUGAGGAGGCUGAGGACCAUGAUGAGGACCCCAACGACGAGGACUCCGUUCUGUCCUUCAAAUGCAACUCAUCGACCCCCUGUCCUGCUAACAGAAAGCUGUGGAUUCCUUGGAUGAAAUCCAAGGAAGGUCAUCCUCCGAAUGGAAAAAUACAAACGAAACCCAAUGGCAACUUUGUGCAACCUGGUGAUCUUGUCCUAAGCCACACACCCGGACAGCCACUUCACAUUAAGGUGACUCCGGACCAUAUCCAAAACACGGCCACCCUCGAAAUAACAAGUCCAACCACAGAGAGUCCUCACUCUUACACGAGCACUGCGGUGAUACCCAACUGUGGCACACCAAAGCAAAGGAUCACUAUCCUCCAAAAUGCCUCCAUCACCCCAGUGAAAUCCAAAACCUCUGCAGAAGGCCUCAUAAAUUUAGAGCCAGGCAUGCCACCCAUUACCAUGGCAACCUUUGCCAGAGCCCAGACCCCAGAGUCUUGUGGUUCUCUAACUCCAGAAAGGACAAUGUCACCUAUUCAGGUUUUGGCUGUGACUGGUUCAGCUAGCUCUCCGGAGCAGGGACGUUCCCCGGAGCCCAUAGAAAUCAGUGCCAAACAUGCCAUUUUCAGAGUCUCUCCCGACCGCCAGUCAUCAUGGCAGUUUCAACGGUCAAACAGUAAUAAUUCAAGUGUGAUAACUACUGAGGAUAAUAAAAUCCACAUUCACUUAGGAAGUUCUUACAUGCAAGCUGUAGCCAGCCCCGUGAGACCUGCCAGCCCUUCAACACCACUGCAGGACAACAGAACUCAAGGCUUAACUAAUGGGGCACUAAACAAAGCCACCAAUAAAGUCACCAGCAGUAUUACGAUCACACCAACAGCCACGCCUCUUCCUCGACAAUCCCAAAUUACAGUAAGUAAUAUAUAUAACUGAUGAUCCUCACCCAUCCAGUCCAUACUGAUAUUCUUGCAAGAAACUCAGUCCUUUUUAAUGACCCCUCUAAAAUCCCCACAA